AGAAUUUUCACUUUACGAGAGACACACGAAGGUAGCAUACGGUCCUCAGCCAGUUAUCAUAUUUUUUUACGCCCCUCGGCUGCUCCACGUCGCCUACAUGCUUCAGAGACAACAAACGUAGCGUACAGAUAGAAGGGGCGACAUGACUUUGACCAGAGGCUCCUUCACCUAUGCCACUGGAGAGGAGUACCAUGGCGAGUGGAAAGAAGGUCGGAGGCAUGGCGUCGGCCAGCUCAAGUUCCAGGAUGGAACGCGUUUCUCGGGACAGUUUGAGGAUGGUCUCUUCCACGGCGCCGGAGUCCUACUCUUUACGGAUGGAUCCAGGUACGAGGGGGAGUUUGCGCAUGGAAAGUUUCAGGGCCUGGGCAUCUUCAGUCGUUUCGACGGCAUGAAGUUCGAGGGAGAAUUCAAAGACGGACGCGUGGAGGGAUACGGACUGUUGACGUUCCCGCAUGGUACACAUGGCAUUCCACGGAACGAGGGCUUGUUCCAAAACCACAAACUCCAAAGGCGAGAAAAGUGUCCCGCUGUGGUGCAGAGGGCGCAGGCGUCGGCCACCAACGCUCGCAGUAUCGCUCUUUGACUCUCACUAACUUUGACAUCCAUGUCAUGGUCUUUGCUUGUUCGAGGAGUGCCUCAGGGAGGAAUACUCCUCCCCCUCAUGCUCCUUGUCCUCGUGACUUCUUUGAAACAAUGGAUUUAUGAAACACAUCAAACCAAGCCUUUAACAUCAAGUUUUUUUCUACUGGAAACACUCAUUAACAGUGUCUUAGCAGGCUAAUAGUGAGCAAACCAACAUCAAAAUGCUAAGAAAGAGAAUACAUAAGGCUUAUUUCACACAUUUUACCUACGACACCUGCAAUAUGAAGGACUAUUUUGACCACGUUAAAACAAACUGCCCGGAUGAUAAAAUGAGAGGUAUGCAAGUACAAAGUUCGAAUGUUACUUAAAUAUAAGUUGAAAUUUUACAAUAGUAAGAAAACAUAAUUUAUGAGAAUGAAGUCGUCAUUUUAUGAGAAUUAGCCUUUAGUUUUAUAUGAAUAAAGAUACUUUUUUUUUAAAGAGA